AUGUCUGAAGGUCCAUGGUUCAUAUACGAUCAUUACUUAACAGUCAAGGAAUGGUGUCCUAACCUUCAUAGUGAGAGUGACACCAUUGGAAAUGUAGCUGUCUGGUUAAGAAUUGAUGGUUUGCCAAUAGAAUACUUUGAUCCUAUUAUCCUAAGUACCAUAGGGAAUAGAAUUGGAAAAACAAUCAAAGUCGAAAAAACGAUAUCUCAAGUGGAAAGGGGAAAGUGUGCAAGGAUAUGUGUGGAAGUAGAGUUAUCAAAACCAUUAUUUGUUAUGUUCAUGAUCAAAGAGAAGAUGUACAAUAUUGAGUAUGAAGGUUUACGUUUGUUAUGCCUGAGUUGUGGAAGAUUUGGUCAUUAUAGAGAAGGCUGUACAAAUACCAAUAGUACGGUUAAUCUUAACACGGAUAAGGGUGGAAAUGCUAGUCCAACAGUGCAGAGAAAUGGAGAAAUGUAG